UAAUCAAUUUUGCAGAUGGAGAUGACUGCAAGCAAUCUAAUGUCAAGCCUGCGGAGCCGCUCAGGCUGGCAGAGCCGGAGCGGCAGUGAGAUAUUCUCACUAUCUUCCAGGGAUCAGGAUGAUGAAGAAGCCUUGAAAUGGGCGGCACUAGAGAAGCUUCCUACUUAUGAUCGAUUGAGAAAAGGAAUACUGACGGUGUCCACAGGUGAGAAAAUGGAGAUAGAUAUAGCCAAUCUGGGGUUUCAUGAAAGGAAGAAUCUGCUGGAGAGGCUAAUCAGAGUGACAGAGGAGGACAAUGAGAAAUUCUUGUUGAAGCUCAAGAACCGAAUGGAACGCGUCGGGAUUCAAAAUCCGACUAUUGAGGUGCGGUUUGAAGAUUUGAAUAUCAAAGCAGAAGCUUAUGUGGGAAGCAGUGGUGUCCCUACGGUUCUUAACUUCUUCCUUAAUAAAAUAGAGGCAAUCCUGAACUACCUUCAUAUUCUACCAAGCAGAAAGAAACCGAUAACAAUCCUUGAUGGUAUUAGUGGGAUCAUUAAGCCAUGCAGAAUGACCUUGCUCUUAGGCCCUCCAGGCUCAGGAAAAACAAGCUUUCUGCUUGCACUAGCUGGAAAGCUCGGUAAAGACCUCAAGGUUUCAGGAAGAGUGACUUACAAUGGCCACGGGAUGCAAGAGUUCAUCCCCCAGAGAACAGCUGCUUACAUCAGUCAACAUGACCUGCACAUUGGCGAGAUGACUGUCAGAGAAACUCUGGCAUUCUCCGCAAGAUGCCAGGGUAUCGGCACACGUUACGAUUUGUUGAGCGAGCUAUCUAGGAGAGAGAAGGCUGCAUCUAUCAAGCCAGAUCCUGAUAUUGAUGUCUUUAUGAAAGCGUCUUCUCUGGAAGGGGAGGAAAGUGUGGUCACCGACUACAUUCUGAAGAUUCUCGGACUAGAUGUAUGUGCUGACACAAUGGUGGGAGAUGCAAUGUUAAGGGGAGUCUCUGGAGGACAAAAGAAGAGGCUCACAACAGGUGAGAUGCUUGUUGGACCGGCAAGGGCGCUAUUCAUGGAUGAGAUAUCAACUGGUCUGGACAGCUCCACAACAUUCCAGAUUAUCAAUUCCCUAAGCCAGACUAUUCACAUCCUUGGCGGCACAGCACUGAUAGCUCUACUUCAGCCUGCUCCAGAGACUUAUGAUCUCUUUGAUGACAUUAUCCUCCUAUCAGAAGGGCAGAUCGUAUAUCAGGGCCCUCGAGAACAUGUGCUUGACUUCUUUGAGUCCAUGGGAUUCAAAUGUCCUCAGAGAAAAGGUGUUGCAGACUUUCUGCAGGAAGUAACAUCCAAAAAAGAUCAGAAGCAGUAUUGGUCACGUAGUGAUGAAACAUAUCAGUUCAUUUCAGUAAAAGAAUUUACAGAUUCAUUCCAGUCCUUCCAUGUAGGGCAUAGGCUGCAAGAGGAACUCAGCGCUCCUUUCGACAGAAGCAAGAACCAUCCGGCAGCUCUAACGACUACAAGAUAUGGCAUUAGCAAGCGUGAAUUACUCAAGGCAUGCAUCUCAAGAGAGCUUCUGCUGACGAAGAGGAAUGCAUUUGUCUACAUCUUCAAACUUUUCCAGCUUGGGCUGCUCGCCUUCAUUACAAUGACAGCCUUCCUGCGUACAAAUAUGCACCAUGAUUCAGUGGAGGAUGGAUUGAUUUACAUGGGUGCACUAUUUAUCGGGCUUACCACUCAUAUGUUCAACGGAUUUGCAGAACUUGCAAUGAGCGUUGCCAAGCUACCUGUAUUCUACAAGCAAAGGGACCUGUUAUUCUUUCCAGCAUGGGCUUAUGCAAUACCUGCAUGGAUCGUCAAGCUGCCCAUAUCAUUUCUUGAAUGUGGUAUCUGGGUUGCUAUAACUUACUAUGUUAUAGGCUUUGAUCCAAGUGUGCAGCGGUUGUUUAGGCAAUUCCUUAUAUUUUCAUUGAUCAGCCAAAUGGCCUCUGGACUGUUCCGGCUUGUUGGUGCAAUAGGCAGAGAUAAGGUUGUGGCAAACACACUUGCUUCAUUUGCAAUGUUAAUACUUAUAGUGCUUGGCGGCUUCAUCCUAUCACGAAACAAUAUCAAGAAAUGGUGGAUCUGGGGAUAUUGGUCUUCCCCAGUAAUGUAUGCACAGAAUUCAGUGACCGUGAAUGAAUUCCUAGGAAAAAGCUGGAGACAUGUUGUUGAUGCAACAAAGAGCAACAAAUUCCUUGGAGUUCAAAUACUGGAAUCUCGUGGCAUAUUUCCCCAGGCAAAAUGGUUUUGGAUUGGAAUGGCUGGAUUAGUAGGAUAUGUGCUGGUUUUCAAUGCACUCUAUACCCUUGCACUGACAUACCUCGACCCUCUUGGAAAAGGCCAAUCGAUUAUAGAAGAUAAAAAGCAGCAAAAUGGAGAAAGAGAAACAGCAGAACAACCAACCAGAGUAAAGAAGUCCAGUCAUCCAUUUGAUGGCCAGCAAGAAAGAGGCAGCACAAGCAGACAACUAGAAUUUGAACUUGAAGCUGAAGCUAAUGAGAAGAAGAAGAAGGGUAUGGUGCUCCCGUUUGCUCCCCUUUCACUCACCUUCAACGACAUUGUUUACUCUGUGGACAUGCCAUCGGAAAUGAAAGCUCAAGGUAUCACAGAAGAUAGGUUGGUGCUUCUGAAAGGCGUAAGUGGAGCAUUUAGGCCAGGAGUCUUAACUGCACUAAUGGGUGUCAGUGGAGCUGGGAAGACUACUCUAAUGGAUGUUCUCGCUGGAAGAAAAACAGGUGGAUACAUAGAUGGGAACAUCACCAUAUCAGGCUACCCUAAGAAGCAGGAAACGUUUGCUCGAAUAUCUGGCUACUGUGAACAAAAUGACAUCCAUUCACCCUAUGUGACUGUCUAUGAGUCAGUUGUCUACUCCGCAUGGCUUCGUUUACCACCUGAGGUUGAUCCAAAAACAAGAGAGAUGUUUGUGGAGGAGGUUAUGGAAUUAGUUGAGCUCACAACAUUACGGAAAGCCAUGGUUGGGUUGCCGGGAGUGAAUGGGCUGUCAACAGAACAGCGGAAGAGGUUGACCAUAGCGGUUGAGCUGGUUGCUAAUCCAUCCAUUAUAUUCAUGGAUGAGCCGACAUCUGGACUAGAUGCACGAGCUGCAGCAAUUGUGAUGAGAACUGUCAGGAACACAGUAGACACAGGGAGAACAGUAGUAUGCACCAUCCACCAACCUAGCAUUGAUAUUUUUGAAGCAUUUGAUGAGUUAUUCCUGAUGAAACGAGGUGGAGAAGAGAUAUAUGUAGGUCCUCUCGGGCACCAGUCUCAUGAACUGAUUAAUUACUUUGAGGGUAUAAAUGGAGUUAGCAAAAUAAAAGACAGCUACAAUCCUGCAACAUGGAUGUUGGAGGUCACCACCACAGGUCAAGAAAUUGCAUUGGGGGUUAACUUCGCAGAAGUAUACAAAAACUCAAAUCUGUUUCGGAGAAACAAAGCUCUGAUUAGUGAACUGAGUAUACCAACUCCUGGUUCAAAAGAUCUUCACUUCCCCACACAAUAUUCACAAGCUUUUCCUUCUCAAUGCAUGGCCUGCUUUUGGAAACAAUACAAGUCGUAUUGGCGGAAUCCAUCAUACAAUGCCAACAAAAUUAUCUUCACAACUGUCAUGGCACUGUUGUUGGGGGCAAUCUUCUGGAGACUUGGCUCCAAAAGGUCAACAAAGCAAGAUCUAUUCAACGCAAUGGGUGCAUUAUAUGCUGCAGUUUUGCUCAUUGGGAUUCAAAAUUCCCUGAGUGUUCAACCAGUAGUGGAUGUUGAACGAACAGUAUUCUACAGAGAGCAAGCCGCAGGGAUGUACUCUGCUCUGCCUUAUGCUUUCGCACAGGUAGCAAUAGAGGUUCCAUAUACCUUGAUUCAGACUCUGAUCUGUGGGAUCCUAACUUAUAGCAUGAUAGAUUUUGAUUGGACACUUGCCAAGUUCCUUUGGUACAUAUACUUCACGUUCUGCACACUCCUCUACUUCACAUACUACGGGAUGAUGUCAGUGUCACUGACUCCAAAUUCAGACAUUGCUGCAGUAGUGUGUUCAGCCUUUGUAUCCAUAUGGAACAUCUUUGCAGGCUUUGUGAUUCCCCGUCCGAGGAUACCGAUAUGGUGGAGAUGGUACUUCUGGGUAUGUCCAAUUUCUUGGUCUUUAUAUGGCUUCAUCGCCUCACAGUUUGGUGACAUAGAUGAUCCAAUAGACGGUGGUGAAACCGUGAAAGGCUUCAUAAGGAGGUAUUUUGGAUACAAGCAUGACUUCUUAGGAGUUGUUGCUGCAGUAGAAAUUGGAAUUCCAGCAUUCUUUGGGUUCAUAUUUGCAUUUGCAAUUAAAAAGCUAAACUUCCAGAAUAGAUGAGAUUCUCUAACAGACCAUCUUCGAAGUUUAAAAUCCUACCCUACUUAAUUUGAAUGGUGAAAGCUUCAUCGUUGCUACACAAUGUACAUCUAAGGCAUAACUUUUGCUUCUAUCUAAAAGUUGUAUUUUUUUUUUUUUGUUAUCAAGUUAUUCCAAAUUCUUGAAUCUAGGAAAUAGUCCAAUUUCUAAAUGUGCCAUUUGGUUUGUCUGCCGCACUAAAACACAGAAUCAACAUACAAAUUAGCUUCUUUGAGCUCUCCGAAUCAGAUUUUUAUGAAGAUGAUGAUGUAACUUGAUGGUUGUAAUGAUAGCAAAGUAGUAAUUACAGAAAAGCAUCAAAUAAAUGCCACAUUGAGGGAGCGUAGCAUAUUAAGAACUAAAACUACAAGACAAUCAACAAGGGACAAAAUUGAUCAAACAGCGUGAAUCCAUAAAAAUUCGAUUAGCAAUAUAGCAAGCAGGUGGCAUGCAAUGAACUAAUAACACAUUGAUCAUGCAUUGAGGGAUUGCUAAUAUAUGAAAGAUUAAACUAGCAGAAGAGAACAAAGCCUAAUUUUAGUAGAGAGUGAUGAUGAUGGUGGUGUCAAACAAGCUUAGACCACCACCAAAACCAAGAGAAACAAGCAAAUCAA